AUGCAGUGGACACGGUCAACAUUAAUGCUCUUGUGCUUCAGCAUUAACCUGUGGGAGAUGGCAGAGUUCUUGCUGAAACAGGAUGUGGUCAACGCCAUCAACCUGGAUGGAGGGGGCUCCGCCACCUUCGUGCUCAACGGGACCUUGGCCAGUUACCCAUCAGAUCACUGCCAGGACAACAUGUGGCGCUGCCCACGCCGCGUGUCUACUGUGGUAUGUGUGCACGAGCCCCGCUGCCAGCCGCCUGAUUGCAGUGGCCACGGGACCUGCGUGGAGGGGCGCUGCCAGUGCACGGGGCGCUUCUGGCAGGGCGCGGCCUGCAACAAGCUGGACUGUGGCCCCUCCAACUGCAGCCAGCACGGGCUUUGCACAGAGAAUGGCUGCCGCUGCGAAGCUGGUUGGACGGGGUCCAGCUGCGGUGAAGCUUGCAGCAACGGGUCCUUCGGGGAGGCCUGUGCCAUGAAGUGCCAGUGUCAGAACGGAGCUGCCUGUGACCCGGUCCGAGGGACCUGCACCUGUCCUCCUGGCUUCACCGGAGACACCUGUGGGCAGGAGUGUCCUCUCGGCUGGCACGGGCCAGGCUGCCAAAGGCCUUGCGAGUGUGAGCACCAGUGUCCCUGUGACCCCCAGACUGGCAACUGCAGCCUGGCCCAGGCACCAGCCCUUAACAGCAUCCUCUCCCAAGUGAAGCAGUGUCUCCAGCCAUCCAAGACCACCCUAAGAACAGGAGAACUGUCCCUUCUCACCGGGACCACCUGGCUAGCCCUCACCCUGGGCCUAGUUUUCCUUCUGCUGAUCAGCACAGUGGUGAACGUGUCCUUGCUCCUUGGCUCAAGAGCAGAACGGAGCCGGCACCUGGAUGGGGCCUACGUUUACCACCCACUGCAGGAGAUGAAUGGGGAGCUCCUGGCCACGGAGAAGGAACAGCCGGGUGAUGCCCACAGCCCCUUUAAGGACUGAAGCCUCCAGCCUGCUCUGAAGGCUCGUUUCGACACGGUCUGAUUUCUGCAAGGGAAAUUUCAAGGCCACUGAUCAUCUGGGUGAUCUCAGCCCCCGUGCCAACCCAAGCUUCUGACAGCACCUGUGCCUCAGCCCCUCAGCUGGCCCCGGGCCCUCACCUGGUCGCCUGCCGUGACACAUGCAACCCUAGCAAUACCGUGCUCCCCAGAGAGAGACUGCGUCCUUCCCUGCCUGCCUGUGUCUGCUGCCUGUGAGGCCUCCCCCGAGGGCCUCCCGCUGCCAAAGAGCCUCUGGCCUCCCGAGGCCGGGGCCGCUAGCGAUGGAAUGCACCGUGACCGCACCAUGACCAAAUGGCAGGGUCCAGCCAGCCCCCCUGGACAGGGAUGGAUUACAGAGAUGAGGGCCGUGUCAUGGGACCCUUUUGUACAGACCUCAUCACAGAAUUUGCCAAUUAGAACUCUUAUUUCCUGUCACAGGAAGCUCCUUAGAAGGGGGGGAUGAAAUCAUGUUUACAAGCUUUCUAUUUUGGUAUCCUGCCGCCAAGAGAGGCUUUUUAUCACUUGAAUAAAUUGAUGUAAUUAAAGGAGCCCCCGGGUGGCAUCUGAAGCCUGAA